GGUUGUAUUGUUCAAGGUUAAAACAUGCUCCCAGCUGAUGGGCUGAUGCUUCGAGCCCUUCGAACGCUUCGAACAAACAUUACGUACGCGAGUUUUCCGCCGAUUUCUGCCCCGAUCACGCGCCUCUGAAUUUCCCAUACCUCUCACACCACCGCGAUCCCAAUCGCGGUACGAUUCGCACAAUUUCCUUCCGGCGCUCGGCUCUAAAUUGCUCUAUCUGAUGUUGGGAGGGGUGAGAAUCGCAUUAUCCAUCGCGGGGUAAAUUAGUCAGAGUGUGCAUAGUUUUGGCUUAAAGUGAAAUGCCUCGCAGUAAACGCCGGGCUGCAACAGAAAUGAAUUCGUCCGAAGAAGACAGAUACUCCUCCAAGAGAAUACGUAAUUUCAACUGCUCGCGACAGUUCAGCCGCAAGCUGUGCCUGAUAUGGUUCCGUGAGUACACCACCCCCGAUGACCCCGAGACCCUCGGCCCUGAGGGCAUGGAGAAGUUCUGCGAGGAUAUCGGCGUGGAGCCGGAGAACGUCGUGAUGCUCGUGCUCGCCUAUCGUAUGCAGGCGCGGCAGAUGGGCUUCUUCACGCAGGAGGAGUGGGUGCGCGGCCUCACCGAGCUCCAGUGCGACUCGAUCGCCAAGGUGCAGGCCCGUCUCGACCACCUUAAACUCCUACUCAAUGAUCCUACACAUUUUAAGCAUAUUUAUCGAUAUGCCUAUGAUUUUGCUCGAGAUAAAGAUCAACGCAGCAUGGACAUGGAAACAGCGAAAGCAAUGCUCGGCUUGCUAUUGGGCAAACAUUGGCCGUUAUAUUCGCACUUUAGCCACUUUCUAGAUCAGUCGAAAUACAAGGUGAUCAAUAAGGAUCAGUGGUGUAAUAUAUUAGAAUUUUCUAGAACUAUUAACAUGGAUUUAUCAAAUUAUGACGUCGAUGGGGCAUGGCCAGUAAUGCUCGAUGAAUUCGUCGAGUGGCUGAAGCAAACCAGAGCAAAGCAGAGUGAGGACAUCAGUUGAGUGUCGAGUGCGUGCGACCGAAUCAUACUAAGUGCGGACUGAUAACAAACAAAACAAAUGAAACAAAAAAAAAACAGCAAAUAUGUAAAAAACGAAAAACUAGAAAAACCUCUUUUUAAAAAAAUCAUUUCUCAACGGCUGUUGGAGUUUAUACAUAGCGCAACAGGCGGCAGGAAUAUUUCCUGCCUGUAGGCUUCAGCGAGGACGCUUCAGUACCUCGCUACAAACUUGUCUCCCCUCUCACAACAACAACAACACCAAUACAUUUUUUUUCGCGAGCAGAAAUUGAUCUGCGCAAAAUUGAUGAAUAAUGUUAAUUACCAUUUACUUAUAUCAUACAAACCAACCAACAACCAUUCUUGCUGUAAUAUUAACUGAAUUUAAUGAAUUACGAUUACUUUAGUCUUUAAUUCGUACGACAAAUACAAAAUAAUGAUGUAAAAAAUUAAAUUAAAAUUAAACUUGGCCUCAGCCAGGUUUACUUGCAAUA